CAUACUCGACGCACGUCCCAACUUCGGCUCCGUGGCCGAAGGCCACCACCACCAUCACUACCACCACCGAUUCUAUUCUUCUUAUAUUUUUUUUUCUUUCUUUCUUUCUUUUACACUCACCUCUCUUUGAUCCUUUUAAAUUAUUUCUUUCAUAAAUCGCGAAAUAAAUUGUGUUUCUUUGAUAAACACAUUUUCAAUUAAUUUUUAUUCGAACGAAGGAUCAAACGUUCGAUCAAGUGUUCUAGGAAUUAAACAACUAAAAAUUUGGACUGAGGGGAACAGGGAGGAAAGGAGGAUGGUGUUUUAAUUUUUGUUUAAAACAAAUUUUUUAGGAAACUAAUAUACAUAUAUAUAUAUAUAUUGAUCACAAGGAAAAGGAAGAAAUAUGACAUCGGAACGGUUUCACAAGGCUGCACGAGACGGUGCAUUGGAAAUUUUGAAGGAAGCAACUAAGAAGGACUGCAACACGCGAGACGAAGGUGGAAUGACCCCAACGUUAUGGGCAGCCUUCGAAGGUCACAUAGAUGCCCUGAGACUGCUCGUCGCCAGAGGGGGUGACCCGGACAAAAGCGAUUAUUUCGGUAAUACAGCUCUUCAUCUAGCGGCAGCAAGGGGUCACGAAUAUUGCGUCAAAUUUCUCGUCAAAUUUGGUUGCAACAUUUGGUCAUUGGACAUAGACAGACAUUCUGCUAGAGAAUUGGCAGCGAUCAAUGGCAGGGAAAGGAUAUUGCAAUUUUUAGAUUUGGCACAGUCCGAUCAGGAAUUGAAUAAUCGAAAAAAGAGUCGUUUGUUGAGAGAAAAAGCUGAGAAGGAUGCUGAGAAAAGGUUGAAAGAAUACAUGAAGAAACAAAAGAUGGCCGAGGUAAAAGCAGAAAAGGUACAAAAGAAAUUGUUGAAGGAUCGAUCGAAAUCUGAUCUGGAUACUUUACACGAGACCAAUAUUCUAGCUCACAGGCCAGCAUUAAUGACUUUCAAAGGUCGUAUCAAACCUUCUCCAACGUUUAGCGAUAUAGUUGGUACCACUACGAAGAAACAUGGUAGUGCUGUUUGUAGAAAAGCUUUGGCUAAAAAGGCUGUUGAUGAUUUUAAGAUAAUCGAAAUUGAAGUAGACGGUAGAAAAUCCGUACGUAGUUUGACCGGUCUUAGAAGGGAUUCGGAAAUAAUGUACGUGGGAACGUACGAAUCACAGGCUCAACAAAUUGGAAGAAGAGGAAAGAUAGCAGAUGUUUGGGGUACGUUAAGCAAGGCACAAAGUACACCGGAUCUUUUGGGUGAUCGUUCAUGUGACGAGGAAGAUGAGGAUGAAGAUGGUCAAGAUGAGGAACGAUCUAACAAGAUUGUCAGAGAUAUUGGAAUACUUCGUGAACAAGGGAGUAUCUUUGAUCGACCUGGUUUUGGAUCGGUUGCAUUCAGAAGACCGAUAACAGCAACGCUCGACAAUUUGCCUGUCACGCAAACAGACGUUCAUCUGCAGAACGGUAAUGGUUCGUGCGUGAAUGGUUCGAUAAAUGGUUCUACGAAUGGUCACAGGAUCGUUGCAAAUGGUCAAAAUGAGGAGAUUAGUAUAGGAAGUGCGGGUAGCUUAGCACGUAGACAAAGCAUGUGGGACGAUGAAUUAUUAUCAGAAGAUGACGAAACAGACGAGGAAUGGACACCCUUGCAAAGAUUUUUAGUUGCAAAUAAUUUAUCAUCGAUACAUACGAUCUUAGAAGCUGAACAAAUUGAUUUGGAAGCAUUGAUGUUACUCACCGAUGCGGACAUUGCAGCCCUCAAACUUCCGUUGGGACCUAGGAGAAAGCUUACUAAUGCUAUAGCCAACAGGAAAAAGGCAUUUGACGCAUCAGAGAACGUCAUCAAGGACAGCAUACUCUAACAAAUUUUUAUACUUUUGUUUUGUACAUUUUUCAAUCUUUUAUGUCCUCAUCUUCUCUUAUUUUUGGU